CAAUAGUGCGGAGGAAAACGAAAGUUGAGCCGUUUUUCGAUAUAGUUAGUAAUGCAUAAACUGCGCGCUCUUUAGUAUCUGUUGCUGCUUGAAAAACGGCGCCGAACUCGUGAAAAUUCCAUCAGCGUUGGCGAGUCGCGUGGCGAGAAUUUGGCGUGAAUUUUUUCCUCAAAAAUAAUCAUCUUUUUUUUUGAUUUUUUGGUUCAUUUUUUUCGCGCCAUAUUUUCACAUCGUCAUCGUUCUCGGAGGUUUUUUUAUUUUCGCGAGCUUUUUCCGACACCCGGUUGUAGUGGUUGGUGCAUUUUUAAAUCUCGAACGUGCAUCGGUUGAGAAUUUUUCUCGGGUUUGAGUGUCGUAGUGAAUUUUUUUUCAUUUUACUGACGUGUUGUGUCGUUCUGGGAGCAGUUUACUGGAAUAUUUUGUGUUGAAUUAGGUUCAUACACGAUCGGAGGAUUCGACUAACUUCGCCGAAUACAACGAUGACGAUGAUGAAGAUGACGACGACAACGACCAUAACAACACAAUGACCCACAUUAACCUAUUUCACAACUCGAUAGGUUAUUCAACCCUCAAAAGGACUUAAUACACCCCUCAUCUUUCACCGGGCCACCUCAGUGACCAAGAAUUCGCCGAAAAAAAAGGCUGUGUCAAAACAUAUCGAUCCUCACGAAAUACAUACAAGAUCAUGUAAAAGACGACGAUAAAACCGAGGCGAAUAUGCUGCAAAAGCGGAUAAAUGGCCCGCCGCCAAUCAGAUGCUCGGGCUUCUUAUUAUGAAUCGUUCUGAAGAAAUCGAAUUAUAUAGGAAGUCUCGCGAAUUAACGGUUAUAAGCCCGAUCGCCGAACAUCCGAAACGAUUUAUUAAACGUAAUCGUUCGGAGGAUGACAUUGUCUUAAGCGUAUUAAAGACGCCGCUCCGAAAGAAUACCAUAUCACCUUUCAAGAGGAUAUUUUCCUCUGCCGAAGAACAUGUGGACCGCGAACCGGAAGAGGAACCUUUUAAUAAAAGGCCCGAUGAGAGACCGGCGCAAAGAUAUUCAAUAUGUACGAGUACUCGCCGAAUGCCGCGUUUCGGUGAAGCGCAUCAUCGACGAGUACCAACGCCUAUGAAGAGAAGAAGACCGAGUAAUACGAAUCAUCACUUCCAUCAUCAUCACCGACGUCUGAACGAUCCGCCGACACCGAGCAGCGAUGCAGAAGAAGAACCAGCUCCAAACGCCGCCCCUGUCGGCAUACCCGAUCCGUACUACCCUAUUUAUUUACCCAUCGAUCAAGAAUUCAAGGCUAAAUACGUUUUCCAUCAGAGAAGAGGCAAAACCUUUCAGGAAAGGGUUUACGUAUUCUUGGAGCAUCCGUGCGGUUGGCUGUGUUUUAUUUACCAUUUUACUGUGUUCUUAGUUGUACUAAUUUGCUUGAUCUUCAGUGUUUUAUCAACCAUCGAAACAUAUGCUAGUUCCGCCAAUGAAACGUUAUUUUGGAUGGAAAUUUGCCUGGUGAUAUUUUUCGGAGUGGAGUACACGGUCAGGCUGUGGUCAGCCGGAUGUCGGUCCAAGUAUAUGGGUGCCUUUGGUAGAUUUCGUUUCGCUAGGAAACCAAUAUGCAUUAUAGAUUUAAUAGUAGUUGUAGCAUCGGCGGUAGUGCUAUCGAUCGGAUCCAAUGGUCAGGUGUUUGCGACAUCGGCCAUACGAGGAGUACGAUUCCUGCAGAUAUUACGCAUGCUGCAUGUAGAUCGACAAGGAGGUACUUGGAGACUGUUGGGUUCGGUGGUUUUUAUACAUAGACAAGAGCUUAUCACUACUUUGUAUAUCGGAUUUUUGGGGUUAAUAUUCGCCAGCUACUUUGUAUAUUUAGCCGAAAAAGAAGCGCCUCCUGAUCCGAACAAUAAUCGUACCGGUGAUUUUAGCAGCUACGCUGAUGCAUUGUGGUGGGGAGUGAUUACGGUUACGACGAUCGGAUACGGCGAUAUUGUACCGCAAACUUGGAUGGGUAAAAUUGUGGCAUCGUGUUUUAGCGUUUUUGCUAUUUCGUUUUUCGCAUUACCUGCGGGCAUAUUAGGUUCGGGAUUUGCUCUGAAAGUACAGCAAAAACAAAGACAAAAACAUUUCAACCGACAGAUACCGGCCGCCGCGAUGCUGAUACAGUGUCUAUGGAGGUGUUACGCCGCCGAUAAAAGCUUCAAUAGCCAGGCCACCUGGGAUAUUUAUCUCAAAGAUACCAACCCGCCGAAGGAACCGCCUCCUGUCCAGAAUCGGGUAAAUUCGAUUAUGGGGCAAGUUGCAAAACGAGCGAGUGUUUUGAAAAGAAGAAAAUCAAAAAACAAAAUGGACGCUCCACCGCCAUCUACACCCGCGGAAUGCAAUAACACUGCCACUGGUGCCGCUUCUAGCGGCACAAGCGCCGCCACAGCCACUCGAAGAGGAAGCGAAGGGGAUGUGGUUUUCUACAUCGAAGAGCCAAAAGCUGCAGCGACACCGAACAGGAUACGUAAAGAUCCGCGUAUGUUGACCAGCCAGACUAGCUCGGUUACCGAAGUGGCCAGUGACGAGGUAGAUUUGGAUAUCGAGCCUGAAAGGGUUACUCAGCUCACCGAAGUGCAUAAGAAUGCAAUUCGUGCGAUUAGAAAAAUCAAGUAUUUCGUCGCUAGGAGGAAAUUUCAACAGGCUAGGAAACCGUACGAUGUUCGAGAUGUAAUCGAACAGUACAGUCAAGGACAUCUCAAUAUGAUGGUUCGAAUUAAAGAGCUGCAAAGAAGACUGGAUCAAACUUUGGGUAAACCAGGAAGUUACUUGGCCGGAUUUGAUCGAUCUGGUAAUGUUAAACCGAUGACUAUCGGAGCUCGAUUGUAUCGUUUAGAGCAACAGUUGGGGAUCAUGGAUCGUAAAUUGGACCAAUUGAUAUACCUGAUUAAUAUCCAAACAACACACAGAAGUCAACAUAUACCGGCUGUUGAAGAACCUGUCUAAUCGCAACCAGUGAUCGUGUACCUAAUUAUUGAAGAUUCCGAAAUCAUCGUCGGAUUCUUCUCAUCUCGUAUCGAGAAUCUAUAUCGAGAAUCGUUGCUCGAGAAACUAUCGCAUUAUUCGUCUUUCCUUGAGAGAAAGAGAUACGUGUAUCUGAGCGAAUCACACAUUAUGACGAGUCGGGUCAAAUUUUAUCAUUUUAUAACUACAGCUUCCGUAAUCUGCAUUUUUAUAAAAAAGCGCAUUACGUCUACGAAGAAGUAUAUUUUCCCUUAUUGAAAAUACGUUGUACAAGUGAUAACUACUAAUUUCACGUUACUGUACGUAUUUUCAGUACCCUCGAAUACCUAUAUAAUUUUCAUCUAGUCAAAACUUUUAUUAUCUAGUCUUUUACCAUGAACUUUUGCCUAAUUUGUAUAGCAUUUAGUUACCUUCGUAAAAAUUGAAGAAAAAAAAAUCAUAAGAUAUUUUUGUAAAUACCUACCUACGUUUAUUUUAAUAUUAUUCUCGUUUCUUGAAUAUUUUUAACCAGCGAAAUCUGCACUGCUGGGAUUCGAUUUCGUGUUAGUUUGAUCUGCAGAUGAUGAGGUAAAUUAGCUCAGACUGGAUUGCCUGAUUAUAGUGAUUGUUUGUGCUGUGUGAAUGUUGAAUUUUGCAGCUGUUCAAAAAAUUUUAAUAAAUGGAGGAAUAUGAGAUCGAUUGUUUUUCUUCAAAAUGUUCGCUCUUGUUUUCACAGUUCUGGUCCACUUCUCUCCUCCUCACAAUUAAAAAAAAAACAUGUCCGAAUUCGGAUUUGAAAAUAAUGAAUUCAACUUUUUGAAAAAUGAAAAUCGUUUAAACUUAUUUCUGAGUAAGAUGAUUUUUUAUAUAGCUCUUUGGUUCAUCGUAAUGAAUUAAUUGGCUUAUCCAUGCUCAUCUUAUUCUAUAAUAGGUAUGUAUAAAUUGGUCAAUUAAAUCAUGGCAUUUAUUUAUUCAUCGAACCAUAUCGCACUCGCACAAUUCUGUAAAACUCUAAGAAAAAUUAUAAUCCGGCGAUCCAGAUCUACUAAUCUCCAUCUCGCUAUAAUUUUGCUCGAAAAAGUAGAGAAUUUUCUUUCAGAAGAUUUCGAUUACUACAGUUUGGAGAAAAGACGCAGAAAAAUCUGGAAAAAAAAUGGGACGAAUGGGAAAUUAUAACUUAUAGUCAAUAUCUCGUUUUUUAUUACUUACCUAUCUCAAUACAAGGUUAUUAGGGAACAGAUUUUUAUUUCGUGUUAACGUGUUUUUAGAAAUAUACCUAUACCUGUGUAAUUUAAAUCUUUGAAAAACAUUUUUUUUUCUUUUUUAUUCUCUUAAAAACAUGGACUUUUUUAUCUUAAAUUUUUUUUAACUUGAAAGAAGCUUCUAAUCGCUAUCGUGGAUUAUUUUUUCGAUCCUAUGGAGCAAUAAAUUUAAAACUAUUUAUACAAUCAUUUACAAUUUAUUGAUCUUUUAUUAGUGAAACUAUUAUUUUUUACUAUUUUUUUUUUUUUUAAUUUUAAUUACUUAAUUAUACUGUAUUGUGUAUAAUUAACACGAAUAGAGAGCUUCGUUAAGUUAUUAUCUUUUUAUUUAUAAAUAAUUAUAUUGCUACGAUGUCAUUUUUUUCUCUUGUUUUGUUUUCUUUCUUUUAUUCUCUUUUCCUAUAUGUCGGUCUCUCUUGUUAUCGUUUACCCAUUAUCUAUGAUCUUAUAUAAGUAUUUUAGCGACGUUAUUUUCAAAUUUCAAAAGGUGUAGUGGAUUAGUUGUUGGAAAAAUUGUAUAUCUUAAUAUAAAAAAGAAUUAUACCUAAUUUGGUGCUGUUGUUAAAUACUUAUAAUUUGUUAUUAAAUCCGUUUUACCAAAAAGAUUUUGUGAUAAAAAAAAGCUUGAUCAUAAUAUAGGUAAAUGCCUAUACUACGUUUUAAAAAGUCUGAUGUGUACUAUUUUCCACUCAAAAGAAAAUAUUUUCUCGAAGGUUUCCAACCAUAUUGCUUCGAAGAACGAAAGAAAAUCACUUAAAAGUGUCCUUCAUCUUAAAUCGAAUGUUAUUAAAAUUAGUAUUUUAAAUCGAGUGUGUAAGUUAUAUAAGUAAGCGCGAAUUUACGAGAAAUUUUCUUCUCGAAUCUGUAUUUUGUAGAUGCUGUGUUACUACUUAUUGCAGUUCUCUCUUUUCAAUUGAUCUUUCGAUGAAAGAAUGAUGAUUUUUUUUUUAUUAAUAUUGCACUUGGUAUAACUUGAACUUUUCUCUCUUUUUUUAAUUAGCGUAAUUUAGCGUAAUAAUUUUAAUAGUAUGAAGAAAUCGUUAUUUUACAUCGAGUUUCGUCGCGUAAAAUUCCGCAGAAAAUUUUAUAAAAUUCAUAUUGUUUUACGCGUAAUAACGAAAUACCAUCAAUAUGUAUUCAUUUUCGUUAUGUAAUUCGAAAUGAUGUGGUAAAACAUGAUUCUUUGCAUGAUUAUGCGAUAAAAUUUUACUUAAUGGUACCUAUUUAGCUCGUCGUUAUUACCUAUAUUUUGUUUUUCUUUUUUUUUUUAAAUAUACUUUUUCUUCUUACA